AAGUCAAGGCUGCAGCAUUUUGUCUUGCAAAGUUUGUGUGAAAUCUGGUCUUUUUUUCGUGACAAAAGUGUAUCUUUUUUUUGAAUAAGAACUUUUUGAAAAGGAUUUUAGUUUUUGUGAAGAUUGAAGCGAUGAAGGCAGGGGUCAUUACAUUUGUGUUAUUUUACAUACAUCAGACAGUUCAUGCCGAAGAUGUUAUCGAUCAGAAUCAAAAGCUCAAAGAACAACAGUCACCAUCCACUGAUCCAUUUCAAUAUCAGAAACUAUCUAAUGACUUUCGGUUGUUAGGUAAUCGCGAAUCAAGUGGCGACACAUUUGAUUUUAACGUCGAUGAUAACCUGAAUGAAAUUCCACGAGGGCCAUUUUACCCAAUGUAUCAGCCACUGGUGUCAGCUCCAGCAGCGACUCCUUCAACUCAAUCAACCCACUUGAAACAAGUUCCACCAUCAUCAAAUAACUUUUCACCAAUGAUGAAUAUGAAUUCCCCUACACCAGUGAUUAUGCAGUACAUGCCACAGGGGGUGCCCACUGCAGGAGUGCAGUAUUUACAACUAAUACCUACGCGUCCUCUGUUAGUGCCAAUUAGUCCCUAUGUCGGACAAAAUUCCGCAGGAUAUUCAUCAGGAUUUACUUAUCCAUUAACGUCAUCAUUAACAUCAUCAAUUCCACCAGCUAAUUCUCUACCAUCAGCACCAUCGCUCUCACCAUCUUAUGCAACUUUUGCAUCUGGAGCCACAUUGUCAUUACCAGCUCCCUCGAUAUCUCCAGCUAAACAAUUUCAACAACCAAUCGAGCUGAACUAUCCACUGAGGUCACCCCCACCGCCAUUGAAUACAAAUUUAUCACCACCAGACAUGGCAUCACUCUCCUCACCACAACAGGCAUCUUUAUCUCAAAAUUAUCGUUAUAUCCGGCCUAAUUCUGGGCUGCAGGUUAUAGACUCAUCGCCAGAUUUGACUCUUAAUCUUAAUGAGUAUAUGCCAAAAAUGGGACCAGACAAUAUUGGGGGUAAAGGCAUUAAGGGAAGGCGAUGAAUUUCGUUCUAAGCUGCAUUGUGUUAAAAAUUUGAUUAGUUUUGUUGUGUUAAGACCAUGUUUACUAUUUAUUCAAUAUA